GGCGCUGCCCUGAGUGCCCGGCCAGCCCCAGCCUCAGCAGGAGCGAUGCUGCCCUUCCAGAGGGAGAGCCCGGCCCUGCCCCGCUGCCCGGUGCGGGGAGGAAGGGUGGUGCACGGGCCCCAGUUCGCCUACUGCCCCAGCCCCCAAGCUCUGCACCGGCUGCCGGGUGCCCACACCUGCCCCUUCACCGUCGGUGCGGUGCCUUGCCCUGACCAUGGCUUCCCCUGCCCUGGCUCCCCGGGGCGCCUGGGCGAGGGCAGGGAGCGGUACGAGCUGGAGGCGCUGCCCUGGCAGGGGCCCCGGCUGGGCUUGGAUGAGCUGCAGAAGCCAGAGCUGGGGUGCUGGGCCAGGGUCCAGUCCAUCUGUGUCUCCCUUCUCAAGGUGCCCCUGAUGUUCGGGUUCCUGUACCUCUUUGUGUGCUCCCUGGACGUGCUCAGCUCUGCCUUCCAGCUAGCCGGAGGCAAGGUGGCCGGGGACAUCUUCAAGGACAACGCCAUCCUCUCCAACCCCGUGGCUGGGCUGGUGGUGGGCAUCCUGGUGACCGUGCUGGUGCAGAGCUCCUCCACCUCCACCUCCAUCAUUGUCAGCAUGGUCUCCUCGGGGCUGCUGGAGGUGCGCUCUGCCAUCCCCAUCAUCAUGGGCUCCAACAUUGGCACCUCUGUCACCAACACCAUCGUGGCCCUCAUGCAGGCUGGCGACCGCAGUGAGUUCAAACGGGCCUUCGCUGGUGCCACGGUGCACGACUGCUUCAACUGGCUGUCGGUGCUGGUCCUGCUGCCACUGGAGGUGGUGAGCGGGUACCUGCACCACGUCACCCACCUGGUCGUGGCCACCUUCAACAUCCGUAGUGGGAACGACGCCCCUGACCUGCUGAAGAUCAUCACAGAGCCCUUCACCAAGCUCAUCAUCCAGCUGGACAAGUCAGUGAUCACGGGCAUUGCAACGGGGGACGAGAGCCUGCGCAACCGGAGCCUCAUCCGUGUCUGGUGUGGCCACGCACCUGCACAGACGGCCGCCGUGGGGCUUGGGACCCUCCCGAACUGCACAGUGGCCAAAGCCACCCAGAAGGUCAUCAACACUGACCUCCCACACCCGCUCAGCUGGCUCACGGGGUACUUCGCCAUGGUGGUGGGCGCUGGGAUGACCUUCGUGGUGCAGAGCAGCUCUGUCUUCACCUCAGCCAUCACACCCCUGAUCGGCCUGGGGGUGAUCAGCAUAGAGCGCGCCUACCCACUGACCCUGGGCUCUAACAUCGGCACCACCACCACUGCCAUCCUGGCCGCCCUGGCCAGCCCAGGGGACAAGCUGGCCAGCUCCUUCCAGAUCGCCCUCUGCCACUUCUUCUUCAACAUCUCCGGCAUCCUGCUGUGGUACCCGCUGCCCUUCACCCGCCUGCCCAUCCGCAUGGCCAAGGCGCUGGGCGAGCGCACGGCCAAGUACCGCUGGUUCGCUGUGCUGUACCUCAUCGUCUGCUUCCUCCUGCUGCCCUCCCUCAUCUUCGGCAUCUCCAUGGCGGGCUGGCAGGCGCUGCUGGGGGUGGGCGCACCCUUCCUCGGCCUCUUCUUCUUUGUGGGGCUGGUGAACGCGCUGCAGGCCCGCAGCCCCGGCCGCCUGCCCAAAUGGCUGCAGACCUGGGACUUCCUCCCCGCCUGGAUGCACUCGCUGCAGCCCCUCGACCGGCUCAUCACCCGGGCCACCCUCUGCUGCACCGACCGCUGCCGCAGCCCCGAGGGCUGGGAGGAGCGCGAGGGCCCUCCCCAUGACAAGGCCAGGCUGGGGCUGGACAACCCUGCGCUCUCCUACCCCGAGGAGGUGCCCAGCCCCGCCAUCCGGGUGGGCUCCCCUUGCCUGUCCCUGCAUGGUGCCACCCGGCUCUAGCCGGCACC